CUCCCCGCCCUCCUGCCUCGCCCUUUUGCUUUCGCUUUUUCCCUCACCGCGGCAGCCGGCGGCGGCGCGACCAUGGAGAACGGGGCCGUGUACAACGAGACCACCGAGCCGCACAGCAAGGAGCCCCACCGGGCCUGCGGCUGCACCCGGCAGCGCCUGAAGGGCUGGAGGCUGGCGGCCAAAGUGCUGCAACCGUUACUCUCUCUUCUGGCUGUUAUUUUUGAGGAAAUUGUGGAAGAUUGUAUCAGUUGUGGUGGACUUUACUUCUUUGAAUUCACAAGCUGCAGUGCUUUUCUUCUGAGCCUCCUGAUCCUCUGUGUGUAUUGCACCGUUGCAUAUGAAACCUUUGGGAAAGAUAAAGUAAAGAGAGUAAAUUUGUGGGCCAUGCUAGCCAUAGGUGCCAUUUUCCUGUUAGCUUCAAUAGUUCUUGCUGCAACAAGCUCUGCGUUGGCUUCUGAAACUACUGCAUGCGUAUUUGGAUUUUUUGCAAGUGGAGCAUUUUUAGCUGAGUUUGUGAUGGAGUACUGGGACAGUCGGAAACAAAGCACCAAAGAACACCCUCAAAAUUCAGGCAACAUGCAGGGUGCUGCAGAAAAUUCCCCACUGAAUGAGUAAAGCUGAACUUUUUGAAAUUAGUUCCUUUUUUUUCAGUGGAGCAAACUAAAAUGAAGUUUCGAUGUUCUGUAGGUAGUAGCUUCUGUCUCUUCCUUCAAACCAAUUUUUUACUCAUUGCUCAUCACAAAUGUUUAUAUAUCCUUAGGUCAAGUAACAACACCUUGAACAUCAUGUUCUAUUUCAUUUUGUAGCUAACUGGUCCUGCCACCUCUCUAGGUGACAUACAUUAAAAAAAAAGUCUAAAUAGAAUAACACAAGGAUAACAGUGUGCUGAUUCGAUUUUGGUAGGAGUGUUAUGCCUUAGAGACAUAACACUCAACCUUACAGUUAUGCCUUAAAGACAUUUUCUAUAUGAACUGGACCAAAUAUAUUUUCUACUAGUUACAAGUUAGGAUGGUUGAAUUCAUUCUUGUACUUACUGGUCAAACGGUAAGUGUAAAAGGGAUACCUAAGUGCAGCUUUACAAAAAUGCUUAUCUUUAUGUAAGGGUUUUUGGUUUGUUUUUACUAAUUACACUGUUUAGUUUUGUCUGUGGAGAUCAGUUUAAUUAAAUAGCUUAGGGUUUUUAUGCAGGGGGUAAUAUAAUGUUUUUUUUUUUUAAGGAGACAGCUUUGCACCCCAUGGUUAUUCAAGUUCAGACUUGUAUGCCAGAAUAUUCCCUCAGACUGUUUCAGAAGUGACAAAAGUCACAGGGAAAAAAAAAUAAUGAAGCGGCAUCUGUGAGAGGAAAAAGUUUAAGUAUUUUCACAAAGUCACCCAGAAGUAGCAAUUUGAACAUCAGUGGGAGAACGAUUACAGCAUGUUGUAAUAUCAACUGUCAUUUGCAGGGUUAAUACCAUGCACAGCUUGCUUAUGCAUAGGUAAUGGUGAGUUUUACCAGAAUGGUUAUGGGCAGCACCAUUUUCUGUGCUGAUGUCUACGGCACUAGUAUGAGACUUCUUGCUGCUGCCUAACUCAGCUGGCGAACAGGUAAAUAAGCACUUGUAACCUUGAUUUGUCUUAAAAGCAAGGGGCCGUGAGACUGCAAGAAACACUACUGAUGCAACGCGUAUCAGACCAGUGAGAGACUUAUCAGACUAGAUGUUGAUGGCUACUGUGUAAAAAGUGAAGUGGUU